GAGGGCAGACACCGCUCCGAUGUAACUUGUUGCACGCUCGCCACAGUUUGGUAUGACCAGUCCAGGUCUCGAGACGCGCCGGUGACGCACGGGGGACACCGCUAUCCAAGAGAAAGCUUAUGUUAACGAAAGCAGAAGCGAGCGUGUGUCGUAAAGAAAGUUUGUCAGUGUUAAAAAGCGUGGAAAAGGCAGAAGUAGACGCAUCAUGGCCGGGGGCUCUGUAUCCGAGUGUAAGGAGUACUUGUUUAAAGUCCUUGUCAUCGGGGAAUUAGGCGUGGGCAAAACCAGCAUCAUUAAACGCUACGUGCACCAGCUCUUCUCACAGCACUACAGAGCCACCAUCGGGGUCGACUUUGCACUUAAAGUCAUAAACUGGGACAGCAAGACGCUCGUGAGAUUACAACUGUGGGACAUAGCAGGUCAGGAGCGGUUUGGUAACAUGACAAGAGUUUACUACAAAGAAGCUGUGGGUGCGUUCGUGGUCUUUGACAUCACCAGAGGCUCCACAUUCGAGGCUGUGUCCAAAUGGAAGCACGAUUUGGACAGUAAGGUGAAACUGGCCAAUGGAAAUCCGAUUCCAUCUGUGCUGCUGGCCAACAAGUGUGACCAGAAGAAGGAGAUCACCAACAACACAGCACUAAUGGACAAUUUCUGCAAAGAGACGGGCUUUCUGGGCUGGUUUGAGACUUCAGCCAAGGACAACAUAAAUGUGGACGAAGCAGCCCGUUUUCUAGUGGAGAAUAUCUUGGCUAAUGACAAAGGCUUGCCCUACGAGGAGAGCAAUGGAGACCGGAUUAAACUGGACCAGGAGACUGUGGCCGCUGAGAGCAAAUCGGGCUGCUGUUGACAUUCAUUUUAUUCACACUCCAAACCAGUGCACCUCCCCUCCACAACUCCCCAACCCACAGAGGAACUCAAAACAAUGCGCUUUACCCGCCGCAUCAGGAGGCGCUCUCUCUCUCUCUCUCCACCAAUGAAGCAAUUUCUGUACUGCAGUCUCUCUCGAACUUAAACUAUAGGUCACAAGGCAGCAGUUUGUUCUGAAAUUUUUUAAACCACAAACACUGUUGACAGACACAGAUUUGAAGUUGUCUACUUUAGUAUUAUCUGAUGCUCUAGACUGUUCUACUUAUAAACAUGGAAACACAAUCAAAAGGCAAAACCACUCGCUAAAAACCUUAAAGUGAACUUGUGAACUUUAAACCAUGUUAGAAUAUUUAUCAAAAACACACCUGGAAUUGUGUUUAGUUUCAUUCACACAUGUUUGAGUAAUUCUUUAUUAUUAGACUGUCUACAUCUCCAAAGUUCAAAAUGCUCUGUUUCACCUUGUGAUGUUGUGAAGAAGUUAAUUGAUCCUUUUACCUUUUUAAUGUCUCAGCACAUGUCAAUAGAAACUGCUUUUGAGCAUUAUGUAAAGGCCUUGUACCUUAUUUUGGACCUUGAGUGAGGAAGGUUCAGUUUUAGUCCCUUCUCUAGCUCUUAUGUUGCACUGUGAUGGAGAAACUACUAGUCCCAGGCAGUUGCUUCCACAUGUACCUCUUCCAACAACAUGCCCUUUUUGGUUCAUACUUGAUGUUCUCAUUCUCACACUUCUCACACUGUGCAAAGAGCUUUUUUCUGAAUUAGAAGAACUGAAACUCAGGUACAGGGCUUUUAAGUGAUGUUCUUGAGCUGUUAAGGGUUUAUACCAUGUUUUGGGUAGAGCUAAACCCUUUAAAUUAUAUACCUUUUGGGUACAUUCAUGCCAUUUUUUUUCAUUGACUUGAAGGUACGCAAUUGGAAGCAAUACUGAAUUCCCAGUGUGAACAUAUGGGGACAUCUGGUGUGUUUUUAUAAUGUGUUUUUUUUUGUUUUGUUUUUUUUGCAUUGUGUAAUAUAUUAAAAAAUAAUAAUAAGGAAACCACUGUGUUGUACAUAGGGAUUGGAAUCUGUUUUUUGAUUGGAUAUGAAGGCUUUAUUUAAAAUUGGUGUGCUUAAGAUUAUAUGUAAAAAUACUAUAAAUCUUCAACAUAAAAAUAAACAUUUUAACAUGCUUGUCAUCUGUUA